AUGGCACCCUGGCUGCAGCUGCUGUUGCUGCUGGGGCUGCUCCCGGCCGCCGCUCCGGCCUCCAGCAAGCCUCAGGCGGCCGGCGCGCAGGCCUGGGAGCUGGCGUCCCCGGAGCUGCGGGAGCCCGUCCGCUUCGCCCUGGAGAUGUACAACCGCGGCCGGGCUGCCGGGACGCGGGCCGCGCUGGGGGCCGUGCGCGGUCGCAUCCGCCGGGCGGGCCGGGGGUCCCUGUAUUCUCUGAAGGCGACCCUGGUGGAGCCUCCCUGCAACGACCCCACGGUGUGUCAGCUCCCGGUGUCCAAGAAGACUCUGCUCUGCAGCUUCGAAGUCCUAGACGAGCUAGGGAAACACAUGCUACUGAGGCGGGACUGUGGCCCAGUGGAUACCAAGAGUACAGAUGACAAAAAUGAGACUUUCAGUUCAUUCCUUCCACUGCUGAACAGGGAUCCCCUCCCCCAGGACUUUUCUGUGAAGAUGGCUUCGAUCUUCAAGGACUUUGUCACCACCUAUAACCGGACAUAUGAUUCGAAGGAAGAAGCCAGUUGGCGCAUGUCCGUCUUUGCCAAUAACAUGGUGCGAGCGCAGAAGAUCCAGGCCCUGGACCGUGGCACAGCUCAGUAUGGGGUCACCAAGUUCAGUGACCUGACAGAGGAGGAGUUCCGCACCAUCUACCUGAACCCCCUCCUGAAAGAUGCGCCUGGCAGGAACAUGCGCCUGGCCCAGCCCGUCACCGAUGUUCCUCCGCCUCAGUGGGACUGGAGGAAGAAGGGGGCUGUCACCGAUGUCAAGGACCAGGGCAUGUGCGGCUCCUGCUGGGCCUUCUCAGUCACAGGCAACGUGGAGGGCCAGUGGUUUCUCAAACGGGGGACCCUGCUCUCCCUCUCUGAGCAGGAGCUUGUGGACUGUGACAAGACUGACAAGGCCUGCCUGGGCGGCCUGCCCUCUAACGCCUACUCUGCCAUAAGGAAUCUGGGAGGGCUGGAGACAGAGGACGACUACAGCUACCGAGGCCGCUUGCAGACCUGCAGCUUCUCUGCAGAGAAGGCCAAGGUCUACAUCAAUGACUCAGUGGAGCUGAGCAAGAAUGAGCAAAAGCUGGCGGCCUGGCUGGCCAAGAACGGCCCCAUCUCCGUUGCCAUCAACGCCUUUGGCAUGCAGUUCUACCGCCACGGGAUCUCCCACCCCCUGCGCCCCCUCUGCAGUCCUUGGCUCAUUGACCACGCCGUGCUGCUCGUGGGCUAUGGCAACCGCUCUGCCACUCCCUUCUGGGCCAUCAAGAACAGCUGGGGCACUGACUGGGGAGAGGAGGGUUACUACUACUUGCACCGUGGCUCUGGGGCCUGUGGCGUGAACAUCAUGGCCAGCUCAGCGGUGAUAGACUGA